UUGAGGCGGCGAUAUCGAGCUACCUGGCUAUAGCCAUUCAGUGAGUCGUGUCGGGAACGGAAUGUUUGUGAGAAUCAGCGGACAUAGAAGUACAUAGGUGCAUUACAUAUGUAUAUGUGUUUUUCAUGGAGUGGAUUUUUGAUGAACAAGUGUUGUGGAAUAUUUGUGUGCGGCUUCAUUUUACAUUAUUGUUAAACUUUUUGCUGUUUCCGCAUAUAAAACGCAGAGGCUGUACAGCGAGCAGCUCAUUUACGGAAUCAAUCUACAAUUCGAACCGCAUCUCUGAUCCCAAACUGAGCUAAAACUCAAAUAAGGUCAAGAUCGCUGUGUGUGUGCGUGUGUAUACAUGUUGUAUACGUAAUAUAAAAUUGAACUGUGAAGUGCGCACGGUGAUAACUAUUUUUGUUUAUUGCUAUUAUGUCAAUGUUUAAAUUCGACAGAGUCUAAUUAAUAAACAUUUAACAUAACCAAGCGAACUUCAAAGUGGCCCCUAAAGUAAUAGAUUCGUUGAACUAUAUCUGAAAUAAAAAUAUGAUAUAUAUGCUUAGUAUGCCAUUUCGAAUCCCGUCGUAGCCAGUUGAUCAAGGCCAGGACCAUUCUUAAAAAACAUUACGCAUAGCCAACUGUGUACAAGAGAAACAAGUGUCAAAAUAGUUUACAACGGAAUCCCAGACUAAAAUAAAUACAAAGUAUUUACAUAAACUAAAAGUUUUAAAAUGGUACAAAAAGUGUCGCCAACAUUGACACUCAAGCGUUUGCGCGAUGUCCAAUGGCAUCGAAUUUUUCAUAUGGUUUACAUAGAACCGGUUGUGUUUAUGCUGCUCUUCUCGAUAACAUUGUCUAAUACCAUCAUGAGAAAUCAGAUAAUCUAUCAGACCUGCACAGUGAUCUUUCACUACAAUGUAACCGAUUGUAAGUUACUGGACGAUAAAAAUUCCAGCGCAGAAAUAAAGGCGAUUGAAACGGAGCUACAGCCGUAUGUGGCUAAUUUAUUUCUAUCGCGCACGCUGCUGGAGAGUAUUGUGCCUGCUUUUUUUGGCCUGUUCAUUGGCUCCUGGUCGGAUCACUAUGGACGGAAGCCAUUGCUAAUCGUGUCCAUGAUUGGGUUUGCCCUAUCGUUUCUGGUUACCUCUGCCAUUUGUCAACUGUCCACCCAUUAUGUAAUCAAUCCUUGGUGGUAUAUUGCGGCUGCUUUACCGCAUUCCUUGCUAGGCGGCAAUUGCGUUUUCUCUGUGGCAGCUCUCUGCUUCAUCUCGGACAUAACUGAUACCAAAACGCGGCCAUAUCGCAUGAUCUUCAUGGAGUCGCUGUUUUUCAUCGGCCUGACCAGUGGCUCGCUCUUGUCCAGUUUCGUCUACGCAGCGACCAAUUCAGCUACUACGAUUGGCAUCUCCGGCUGCAUCACUACAUUGGGCUGCCUCUUUGUAGUAUUCGUCGUGCCGGAGAGUCUGCAUUAUCGACAAGCUAAUGAGGCCAAGAUGGCGAGCGAAGCCUCCGCUGCCAGUAAAGAAAAAGAAAUGCCCAUUACGGCUUCUGAUCUACAACCGGAGUGUGUGGCCAUUGAUUGUCCGCCCAUAUUCAUGAAUCCUGAUUGCGAUUCAGAGCAGGAUAAGCAGAAACAACAAUGCCAACAGCUGCCCACGCCCGCCACGCCUAACAUGACAUUCGAUGAGGAUCUGUUGGCCAAAUAUGUGGAGCAGCUGCCGCCCAAGGUAAAGGCCCGGGCACAGGCCCAGUGCAAGUCGCAGACCGAAACCGAUGGCAAAAAGACCGGACUGUUCAGCUUUUCACACAUCCGCGAGAUGGUUAACACCUGUACGAAGCCACGCGAAAAUCAUGCUCGCGCAAUUAUUUGGCUAGUGACAAUAGCCAUGUGCCUGUCCAUCUUUGUCUUUGAUGGCGUGAUGACGGUGAUGUAUUUGUUCGUGCGCGAGAAGUUCCAUUGGUCUGUGAGGGAUUACACCUUCUACGAGACGGUCAGCCAUCUGGUGCCCAUGGUGGGAGCACUCAUCGGAUUUCUGAUACUGCGAAAGAUCUUUCGGUUAUCUGUGGUAACAUUGGCGCUGCUUGCGUUUGCCUCGGAAAUAUUGAAGAACUUGGCGAGAGGCUUCUCGACUCAGCCUUGGCACAUGUAUCUAUCGGUGAUAUUGGGCGUAUUUCGUUCUAUUGGCGGACCCAUGUGCCGCACCAUUGUCUCCAACAUCGUGCCUGCCUCCGAUUUGGGCAAAAUUUUCUCGAUCAAAAACGUUUUGCAAUCGUUUGCACCUUUUGUUGCUGCGCCUCUUUACACCUUCGUCUACAAGAGCUCGCUUCACUAUUACCCGGGUCUCUUCAACUUUAUGAGCGUGGGCUUCUAUAUGAUGUCAUUUAUAUUCAUCUGCUUUGUGCUACGCUUCAAGCUCAUGCAUCAGCAAUACUAUGCCAAGGUGCUUAAAUAGAAGGGCGCCAGGUGUUCCGAUGGGAUGCGAUAUAUAUCUUACUUAUAGUUUAGUUUUAGUUAAUAUUUGUAAAUAAUUGUGAUCUGAUCUAGCCCAUUAUUUCUAAUAAGCAAUAAAUUUAACGAAUUGUUGAAUGAUUCAAUUAAUUAUAGACACUAUUUAGAU